ACUGAAAUCAUUUACACUGACUAUCUUCAUGCAGAUCCUGUUCUUCUGCUAUCAGAACAGUGCAUUCAUGUCUCAUGAGUCAUCUCAGACAUAUGUUAGCUAUGACAGUACAGACAACAAUGAGAAAACAAGUGAAGAUGUCAAAAAAGCUGCUGUGAUUCAGGUUGUUCUGCCUCACUCAAUGAAACUGAAUACUGAACAUAAGUUUGUUUUUGAAGACACAGACUCAUCUCUACAUGAUCUCUUUAUAAUCAUGAGGAAGAUAAAUCAUGUUGAAUCUCUAUGUGAAGGCUCAGCAUGUGAUGCUGGCAUCACAGCUGUACAUUUGAUGUGGCAACUAGUAACUACAAACCCUCAGUUAAAUAUGGCAAUUGCUGUAGAAUCAGCAGUGAACAGCUUGCUAAAGAAUGAUACUGUAGCCAAUGGCUACAUGUGUGAACCUAUCCUCACAAUCUCUAUCUAUGUUGAGUCCGGAGGGAUCAUGAAACUUGAGAACCAUGAACAUGCCCUUGUCUACAAGGGCCUAGCGGACUACCGAAACAUCAUCCAGACAGAGGUGUCAGGUGACCAUAUCAAGAGAGUCUCUAAUGGCGAGGAAGACCGUGGCGAGCUGCUCAUGAUGAACAAAAUGCGCGAUCAGCUGCGAAGCGUUGUCCACGACUUCUUGCACGACAGGGUUACUAUGUCAGAGCUUGAGUUUCAGCCACGUUAG